AUGCUACAACCUGGAGCGCCGGCUCGGCCCGAUGUUGGGCUGGGAUUGCCAGUGAAUUUGGGUGGUCGUUUGAACAUUGAAUCGUUGCUGAAAACGCUCAACGAGAACACGCAACGAGACGACGUAAAAUUGUCGGCGCUUAAAGAAAUAUGGACGAUGUUCGAUAUUCACUCAAACUCGCCGAUGUACGCGCACGUUUUGGAGAGCCUCUAUCGAGCCUUCAUCGCGCAACUCUUUGUGCAAACAAAUCCGCAAUUUAUUCAAGAAAAUAAUACUCAGCAACUUCGAAAAUUAAUGCUGGAAAUCAUGCUGAGAACGAGUUCACAUGAGAUUGCAAAGAAGUGCACAAACGAAGUGCAAAAGUUAAUGUUGCGGUUGAUCCGCGAGGAGAACGAAGAGAAUGGGUGCCUGGCGUUAAAAAUUCUCAUCGAUCAUAUCAAAACGUUUCGGAUACAUAACGAAGCUUUACCCGUUCUCGAUGUCACGUCAGUGCUUCAACACUUUCGAACAGUUUUCUUCGAUAUGCACAAACACGUAUCGAAUCCGAAAAUGUUUGAGCAGUUGAAGAUUCGACGACCGACACAGCCAAUGAAAGAAGAGAUUCUGAUUGCAAGUUAUUUGCAAACGUGUUUCUAUUCGCAAAAGGUGACAUUAAAUGACUCGAACGGGCGGCCGCCUGGACCACAACCUGAGCCAGAAUACGUCUUGAUCCCGAGAGCUUCUCAAUCUGUGAAAAUGUUGGCCGAGAUCCCGAUGCUAUUCGUAUUGAUUUUCAACCAGUACAAGCAUCAAAUUGGCACUGAAAUGAGUGAAAUGAUGAAAGCAAUGGUUUCCUUUAUCAAUCUAACCGUUCCAUCGUCUCCAAUGGGUGGAAGAGAUCCGCCAGAGCCUGAAGACAGCAUAAACAGAGAACUUGCCGAUGAUUGCUUCAAUUGUCAAAUCAAAUCACUAUCUUUUAUGGCCUAUAUAGCGAAACAAACGCCGGAUGUCGUCUUCGCGAGUUCACAGCAAUUGCUUUCUGGGAUUUUCAAUUUACUCGAAUGUUGCCCGGCUGAGAUGGUGCAAGCCCGAAGAGAGCUCUUGAUGGCUGUCAAAUUUUUCUACACAAGUGAUUUCCGUGACAAGUUUCGACCUUAUGUGGCACGAUUGUUUUCGGAAAAGUUGAUGAUUGGAACCGGUUACACGUGUCAGGAUACGAUACGUCCGAUGAUGUACUCGAUAAAUGCCGAUUUGUUGCACCAUUUACGCCUGCUUCUACCAUAUCAAAUCCUUUGCCACACAAUUUUCGUGUAUUCUCGUUGUGUGCACGAUGUCUCAUUACCGGCAAAUCUUCAAUCGAUGUGCGUUCGGUUGAUGAUGAAUCUUUGUGAAGCUUUUGGGAAACUCGAGAAAGAGAAAGGAGAACCGGGACGAGAUCUUCUUUUUCACAUUCUUGAAACGUGCAAUAUGAAGCUAAAGAUCUUGGCUUACUAUCACUUGCCAUUACUCUUCAAACAACAUGGUGGAGGAUUGGAAUGGAGUCCUGAUGAGGGAAGCGCUUUCAAGGAGAGACCCGAAGAUGGAGUGCUGCCGUCGACGAGUGGAGGCUCAAAUGAGGACAAACUCUUGGAUGAGUUGAUGACAUCAGCUUGUGAUUUGGGUGACGCAAGAAGUCGACGACCCUCACUCGAUACCGUGCCCGAGCUUGAGUCAUCGAGAGUUCACGAGGCUGAUCCUGUGCUCAAAGGGAGAGCUGCUCCAACAAAUCAACCGCCAUUGAGAAGCCCGCCCGCUGCCCGAAUAACCCCGCUAGAAGAUAUACUUAAUUCCGUUUGGGGAAUCCCUGCUCCACCGCUUUCGUUGGUGGAUUGUCGAAAUAUGAUCAAAUUCUUGAUCCAAUGCGCCAAAUACGUAGUGGCUCAGCUCAUCGAAAGCAAUUUGAAAAGGACGACAAAGAGCAUGACUUUCGGUGAAGAGCGAGACGUUUUCGUGCGUUUUUUCAAAUACGGGAUCAUCUGUUUAGAUGUGUACAUGUUGCCGACUCAAAGUCAAGCCCGGUCCACUGGUGCGGUUCGAUCAAAAGACGAAAAAGACUCACUGGAUUCGUUUGCUAAUGUGUUCACUCAACUCAACAUCGAUGUUUUCCAAGAAAUCUUCUCGGCUCAUAUGGAUUUCUUAAUCGAAAGAAUAUCCCGAAAUUACGCUCUUCAACUGAUCUGCAACUCUUUUCUCGUAAACCCAGAGACUUCGGCUCGUUUUGGGGGAAUUCUCGUCAAUUAUUUGCUUCAAAGAUUACCCCAAAUGAGUGUGAAUUCACAUCGAUCAAGCCUCUACCUAAAGCUCUACAAACUGAUGUUCUCUGCAGUCUCAUGCGCCCAGUCGACAGGAUGUGUGGAUAUUGAGAAAAUGUUGAAGCCUUACAUGCACGAUAUGGUGAGCGAUGCGGUGCGAUUGGCUCUGAACAGUCGCGAGCCACAGAACUACUUCCUUUUGCUAAGAGCUCUUUUCCGAUCGAUUGGCGGCGGAGCUCACGAUAUGCUUUAUGUCCAGUUUUUGCCUCUUCUACCCGAUUUGCUAAAGAAAUUGAAUCGUCUCCAAUCGUGUGCGCAUCGUCAAGCGAUGAGGGAACUGUUCACCGAGCUGUGCUUGACGAUCCCCGUGCGUCUCUCCUCGCUUCUUCCCUAUUUGCCACUUCUCAUGAAUCCACUUGUCUCCGCGUUGAAUGGUAGCAGUUCUCUGAUGCAGCAAGGUCUACGAACGUUGGAGCUUUGUGUGGACAACUUGCAGCCCGACUAUCUGUAUGAGCACAUGGCUCCUGUCAGAGCUCAACUUAUGCAAGGGCUUUGGAAAACGGUCAGCUCAGCCUCCGAUUUGCAAUCAGCGAUGACAGCGCUUAAAAUUUUGGGAAAACUCGGUGGGAGUAAUCGAAAAAUGCUCGUCGAGCCACAGAAAUUGAAAGUAUUGAAAGAGGAUGAACUGGGCGAUGGGUAUGUGGUGAUAGAAGUUGAUGGAAGAAGUGAAGGUGGGAAACCAACGGAUGAAGGAAUUUUCGUGCAGACAGCGACUUCACAGCGACUUCACGUUCGUCUCCCGUUACAACAAGCGCUUUCGAUUGCAGCUGAUCAGCUCAGAAAUGGUCUCACUUCGGAAUUGGUCAUCAACCAGGCGGCCAUUCUUCUCGUUCGUCAGCGAGCUGCUGAACUUGCCCGAUCGGUGCUUCUUUGUGGUUUGGCACCAAAUGACUAUCUCGAUUUGACGACCUCGUUGCUAGAAGAAGUGAAAAAAGCAUUACAACGAAUCAACAAAGUCUCCUUUGGACCGGUGUUCCGAUGCGAGCGAACAGCGCUGAGACAAAUCUACGUCGACGCGUUGACAGUUCUUUUUUUUGCAAUUGUUGGCAAAGACCUCCGAAAAGAGUACAUCAAGUUUUUCAAUGCCGUUGUCAAGUACCUCACCAUUCAGUCGCUGCUUGAGCAAAUUGGUGGUGAUGAGCUUGGCUGUGUGCAUCCGGUUGGUUCUUGCAUGGAUUCGUCGAUUCUCGUCGAUGUCCUUAUCGUUGCUCUCUCGGAUCUCAAUAAGGAAUUCGUCAACGCUGCCAUCGUCGCUCUUCGGCACAUUAUCGACACGCUGAGGGUUCUAAUCGAUAAUGAGAGCAUUCUUGUAAGCCUACCCUUCUUGAAACAAAUGUUGGAAAGGAUUUGUGAGCUGUGUUAUGAGGAAUCUUGGUUUGCGCGUCUUGGUGGAGCAUCGGCUUUACAUUAUCUCAUCGAGAAUUACCCACCGGCUCUCAUCUCCGCCAAUCUCUCUGUCGUUAUUCGAAGUCUUUUAGAGACUCAUUUGGGACUACAAGAUGAGGUUUCUUCAGGCACCAUUGAUAUGGCGCUUUCCGGGCUACAGCUUGUACCGAAAACUUGCAUACCAAAUUUCAACGAGUCAAACGAAAGAGACGCUCGAGUGGCGGCGACUCUUGUCACUGAGUACUCCCGUCAUCUCUUCAAUCCCGAUAAAGCUUUUCGCACGCAGAUCUAUUCUUUGUUGUUGGCUCUCUCGAGUCACACAGGGAUUCCACCAGAGAGACUUUUCGCUCCCGUACGACUCCAACUAGAAGCCGCAUUGACGAACGCCUGUGAACGAUUUGGGGGCAACUCAAUGCAUGCACAAAUGGCAACAAUGGAAGCCUUUUCAUUGCUGGUUGGAGGAGAGAAACCGAUCGUUGAUUUGAGUAUAAAUGUUUCUUGGUUGAAUAGUUUCUUGGAAAGAAUUAUCUGGAUAUGCGGUUCCACGGAGGCGGGUUUACUAGACGAUGCACUCUAUCGACCGCUCGGUCCACCGUCUCAUCACCCACAUGAUCUCUUUCAUCGAAUCGUUCCGCUUCGACAAGCGGCUACAGAAUGUCUUGUCUCUUGCUACACUUUGUUGUCAAGAAACGGCUCGCCGUCACCGCAAAACGAUAGUGACAGCCGGAUGGGCUAUGAAAAUGGUGAAAUGGAUAGACGACCGCAAAGUGAAGAGCUGUUGAGAUUGUCGCUGAAAUUACUGGGCGACAAGCAGGAACGAGUUCAACUCACAGCCAGAGAUGCUUUAGCAAAGACAAUUCAACAUCGACCUUUACCGAUGGAUCUUUUGGAGGAGGCAAGGAAUCAAGUGCUCGAUCAGCUUGAUGCUUCGAUCACCGACAAUGCUCUUCGUCAAUUGUACCAUCUUGCUCACAUCGACAAAAGUCUCAUCGAAGAGAGAUGCACGAAAACGAUUAUGAAAUAUCUCAAUCAGCUAAAUGCUGAACAGAACAAUGAAGAGAAUGGAGAGAAAAACGAGAAUUUGCCUUCAGAAAUGCACAAAUUGUUCACGAUUUGUCAACUAUUCAGCAAAUCUGCACUAUUUGAUGUGAGCUUUGUUGGACCUUUGUGUAGCUAUAUGGCAACAGUUGAUUAUGAAUACACGAUUGAUAGACCCCUCAACUGGGAGAGAACGGCGCUCGCUUUUCUUUGUCGAUUCCCGACUGAAACUCUUCAUUAUUUCAUCACAAAAGAGAGUGUAAGCAAUCCUGGUCGUCGAGCUUUGUUGAGGCGUUUCAUUAAAGAACCCGAUGCGGUGGCAUUGAGAAGUGCUGCAACGUCAAGUGAAAUCUUUUUCUUCAACAUGUUACAAGGGAGAAUGAUUGAUGAAUGGAAAGAUGGGAAGGGUGAAUGGCUCUCGCCGAUCACUCCACCAACCGAACAACUCUGCUCCGAAUUCGAAUUGCUCACAUUGACACUGAUUGAUCGUUGCUCGAGAGAAGACAUGCGAUGGUUUGCGGACGCUUUUCGCUUAAUAGAGCAAAUGAGAGAGCUCUGGACAAGUCCUGAAUUCAAAUUUCGUCAUCUCGUCAAGUCGGACAGUUGGAGUCCACCAAUCGCCGAGAACCAAGAGGAUUUGGAAAGUCAGGGUGACUCGGUGGACCGGGAAAGGAUUCAUGUGCAAAUCUUGCACCUCACCAAAUACAAAGUACCGAAACUCAUGGUGACUUGCAUGCUACGAUAUUUGAGAUCCAACUAUAUGCACAUUGAUCUUCUUUUUGAUGUGAUGAAUUGCUUUGUCGGGAAUUAUGUCACUGAUUUCACAUUUGUGCGCCAAUUCCUCGAGUCUGAAGUGAUUCCGAAAUAUUCGGUUGAAUGGGUGAGAACGGCGUUCUUUAAAGUAAUGGACCGUUUAUUGGAAGAGCCAGAAGUGACGAUGAAAAAUCUUGUCUGGGUGAAAGUGAUUCAAUACGUGAUCAUUCCUUGUUUACAAUAUGUCAUUGAGAGAUAUGAUGUGGACGUGGUGGUUGGUCCAAUGUGUUUACCCCAGGCUCCAAACAGUACGACUGUGCCUGAUGAGUCGUCGAUGGACACCGAGGACGCUGAGAAAUCUCAACUAAACAUGGUGGCCAGACUGGAAAAAGUGAUGAACGAGUGCCGAAAAAGCAUGUCGGCUCGAAUGACCGUUGUCAUCUUUCAAUUGGCCACCGUUUUCGUGCAACAUGCACCACAUCAUAUUCACGAUAAUGCCAGCAAAAAACAAGGGAAUCGCUUGCGCUCAUUGAUGCUGUUGGGUUGGCCGUAUCUCAAUCAACCGACACAAGAUAUUACAAUCAAAUACUCAGCGCAUCUUUUCCUUGCUUACAUCAUUGAGAAAUUCACAAUCAAUCGGAAAAUUGUGCUUCAGGUCUAUCACUCGUUGAUGUCCGCUUAUCAUAUUGACAAUCGAGAUGUGGUGAAGAAAGCGAUUGAUGUCAUCACUCCAGCAGUGCCAAUUCGAAUGGAUGAUGGCUAUUUCCAAUUGUUGACUGCUGUGAAGAAGAUUUUGGCUGAAGAGGCACACAAUUGCACUCACGCAUAUCAUUGCAUCUUCAUGGUUUGCCGAAACUAUCGUGUUUUCUAUCAUGUUCGUCACGAGCUUCUUCCUUCCCUCCUCGGCACUCUCAAUCGUUUAUAUCAACAACUUGGAGCCAACUUUGCUGAUGGUAGACGCUUAGUUGUUGAAGUGUGUGAGAUGGCGAUCAAAUGGGAUCUCUUGAGAAAUCAAAAGUUGCAAGAGAUUGAGAAAGGCGCCAUGAAUACCCUGCCAACUGAUAACAAUGAUGAGGUGGAAGGAGUUCUUGAAAAGCUCAAAGGGGAUCGUGAGACGAGAGAGGAGGAACGACAGCAACAACUGAAAAAAGAAGAACAUAACUCGAAUACUGGUGAGUCAAUGGAUGGAAUGCAAAUGCGCAAAGAAAAAGAGCAUCAACCAUUGGCGAAAGAACACGUCGAACAUGUGGUUUCACUAUUGUUAAAGCUGGCAAUUCAGCCGCCAACCGUUCAACAAGCCAAUCAACAGCAAGUGGUUAUCGAGUUGAAUAAGAGAAGUAUUGCUCUCCUGCGUGCAGCACUGAAGCCACAACUUUGGGGCUCCACGGCGAGCAUCAAAGUCACAUGGCUUGAGAGACAAAUCCAAUCAUACAUCGAGGGGCAUCGAGCCGAGAACAAUCAAGCUCAAGCAGCCAACGCAGCGCAUGUGCUCGACGUGCUUGUGACGCUCAUUCAAAUCAUGCCGGCUCCGCUCGUCGUGCAAACGAUUCAAAGCCUCCAGAAUGCGAUUAUCACUUGCAUGCUGAGUGGAAAUAAUCAGGUGGUUAGAGCGGUGAACGUGUUGGUGAAAGCUCUUUUGGAGAAAACGAGCAGCUCCGAGAAUGGACUCGACGAUUUCCCGAAUCUCAAUCAAGAAAUGCACAAAUAUCUCUUCAAUCAGCUGUAUCACUAUGAUCGAACCCCUACAGCAAAUAUUCAAUCGAUCUACACCGGAUUCUCUCUGCUACGAAUCAUUGGACAACAUCAACGCGAUUACAUCAAAACCAGGAUCAGUCUGGCUACCUACGCGAGAGUACUUUUGAAAUUAGGCAAAGAGCAUUGGAUGUACGUACAGCAGAAAGUUGAUACAAAAGAAAAAGGUGGAAUGCCCGAGCUACUGUAUGUGGCACUUGAAUUGCUUCGACCGCAUAUUGCCGAAUUGCCGGACGACUUGAGAAGAAAUAUGAUCAUUCUCUUCGCGCAACACGUCGAGCGCACUGACAGUGAAAAAGUGGUGGAAGCGUCUCUGAAAAUGCUUCACGAAAUUGUCCUUUUCUAUGGAGAUACGUUACCGAAUCCCGGUGUCUCGGCUUUUGUGCGAAUCACGCCCAUCAUUGAACGACGCUUCCGUGACAAUCAGCCUCUGAUGCGUCAAUUCCUUGCCUCAUUGUUGAUGAUCUUCUCCUUCUCUGCUGUUCGCAAGUCACCCGAAGCUGAACGACUCUAUCCGGCCUUUUACUGGGGACUCACUUAUCCUGAUGAAACUGUUCGGAGUGAGUUUCUACGAGUCUGGGAACAAGACCGAGACACGAAUAUCAUCCAGCGACUUCACUAUAUCUUUUGUGAACAUAACUGGAGUUCUAUGCGAGACUUUGCUUGGCUGAAACAUGUGAUCUUUUUGAUGUUGAAAUGUGUGAGAAAACCCGGUUAUGGUAAACGAGUGCAUCAUGAUGAGAUAGGCUUCGUCACUUUAUGGAACACAUUGACAAAGAGCAUUGGUUUUGCUUCAACUUCUGUUAAUCGAGAAAUUGCCGGUAUUGAAUCAAUGCAAAUCGAUUCGGCGCAUAAGCUGACGGAAGUCAAGAAAGAGCCGAUGGAUGAGAAUUCGGAAGUGGCUGAAAAUGAAGCGGAUGGUCCGAUCGCGCAAAAAGCGGCCCUCUUUGCUGAGAUGAAAUCGUUGCUGAGUGAAGCGGCGAGACACGAUAUGGCCGACUCGAUUGACACCUUUGUUUCACUGAUUUUUAAUGUUAACGACAAUUCUUUUGUGGCCUCAGUCUUCUCAUCUCUAUUCACAUCACUCUGGGCUUGUCUCUCUUCUCAAGAUCGAGCCAAUCUUGAAAACGUUUUGAUCUCUUUUCUAUGCUCUGGGCGCCAUGCAAUCCCACAAGUUCCCGGGAAUCCGUCAAUGCUUGCAGUACUUUUGGACAUUUUUUCACAAUGUGGCAUGAGAAUUGAAGCAUCGAUUAUUAAUUACAUAGCAAAUCGGCAUGGAGCCUGGCAUCGGGGGAUCAUUCUGUUAGAGGGAAUGGCUGAACAUCUUCCAAGACUCGCGUCAAGCUCUCCCCAUCUGCAAUUCACUCAAAAUGAAUCGGUUCAAUCGGAAAUUCUAAAGAGCAUGAAUAUUCUGGACUUCUUGGAUGAUUUAUAUGAACGAUUGUCUGAAAGCGAUCAAAGAGGAGUGGUUUGGGAGAGGAGAGCUCUACUCCCACACACAAAUCACGCGUUGAAUCUAUUCCAAAAGGGAAAAUUCGAAGAAGUUCAUCACUAUAUCGAAACCAAUAAUGAUAUGUGGCUCGAUCGACUCAAUCAAAUGACUCCCGAAAGCUACAAUCAGUGCACUUUGCAUUGGAAGAAAGAGCAAGAUUUCUUGAUGGAGAUCUGGAAAAAAUCAUUGAUGGAGCUUUCACGAUGGGAAGAGCUCGAUCAAUAUGGGAAAGAGACGAAAGACGCUGAGUUGUUGUUGCGUGUCAGUCCGCAUUUAGCCGAUUGGCCGAUGCUAAGCGAAUGUGUGAUACAGAUCGGUGGCUGUGUGCCUCGAGACUUUGUGAUCCCGUACACUCUGCAUUCGGCUCUUCUCACCGUCGUGCAACCGGACAUCCAGCAACGAGAGUCGCCACAUGAUUUUGCAUCAAGAUGUGUAGAGGAAGUGCAAAGAACAUUGAUCGAAGAGUGGCGUGUUCUUCCAUCAAUCGUCGACCUCUCACACAUUUCUCUACUUCAAGCGAUGAACAGUGUACAAGAAAUUCACGAAGCUGCCCCCGUGAUGCUUGGCAUUUCGAUGUCUCAACAAUCUACCACACUUUCCGCUGUUCAUCAAACAGUGAUCGCCGACGUGAAGAAUAUUGUGAAAACUUGGAGAAAUCGUGUUGGAGCCGUGAGCGACUCAUUAUCUUGUUUAAUCAACUCUCAACACUUUCGUUUGAAUGUUCAUGCCGAAGUGGUUAAAGCUUUUGACACAUGGGAAAAGAAAGGGCUUAUGCAAGCCUCUUUUGCAAGCCAGCAAAUGCUUCCGAUUCACAGCUCGGCUCAGGGACAACUAAUCAUUGCUACAGCAGCGAGGAAACGAAAAGCUUUCGAUCUAUCGGAAAACUCUUUGCACAAAUUACACACCUUGUUGAGUUUGCCAUUAAUUGAUGCACAAGCGAAAGUGCUUGAGGAGUUGAAACUCUAUGAAGAUAAAGCGGCUGAUCCGAAAACCGAUCCAUCUUUCUCUCGGCAACUCCUCGUUCAUGCAUUAGCCAUUUGCGAGAAGGCACCAUUGACAGAAGGAGUGAGCAAAGAGUCACUCUGUAAAAUCUUCACUCAAAAGGCUACGAUUAUGUCAACCUUGGGAAGAAGUGAAGACGCGGAGAGAAUCUUUUCAAUAGCUGCUCAAUUACAAGAGCCGAACAACACCACAAAUGGAGUGAGCGCCUAUAAAGCAUGGGGAAAGCACCUUGAUGAGAUUUUUCAUCAAAGGAGAACCCCAGAAUCAGCUCUUCGUGAGGGUCUCUUUGCAAUUGUUUGUUUUAUGGAUGCAGCACGAAUUGACAACGAGAAGAAAGCCGCGAAAAGCAUUGCUCGUCUUCUCUUCACUCUCAAAACGAUUGAGGGAUGCGGUGAUGAUAAAGUUCGAGAUCAACUCGAUGAGGAAAUUCGACGCCAUGCACAAGGAGUGGUGCCUGCAAAUUGGCUACAAUGGUUACCAGCUUUAUGUGAAUGCAUCAGACAACGACCGAGCUCUGCCGUUUUUGCCAUUUUAACGAAGGUGGCCAGUGCUCACCCACAACAGACUUUCUAUGCAAUUCGAAGCUUGCUGCCUAUUGAAGCUGUCAAUCGAGUGACUUCGAAUGCUCUGGCACCCGGUUGCACUCGAAUUGAGCCAACUGCAUCGGCGACUCUGUUAGCUGACAUGAAUCUUCCCGAGUGGCAAAUGAAACUCGUGCACAUUCUUGACAUUGUUUUAGAGCUACGUCCUAGUGGAUUACGAUGUCUUCACACGAUUCUUGGAUGUCUCUCUUCUCUACCCGAGUUCUGGGUUGAAAGACAUCUACGAGAAGCGCUUGAUAUCAUCGAUAUCAUAAAGAGGCAACUUGGCAAGUUCCGUUUCACAGGAGUGGCUACAGUAACUUCCAGCGCAACAAUAGCGCAAAAAGCUUCGGCUUGGAGUUAUCUAGUAAAGGAUUUAAAACAACAAUACCUGGAAGAGUCAGCGGCAGAAUGGCCAGUUUCACAAGAGCCUUUAAGCGAGUCAGAGCCAAGGUUCCGUGAACAGAUGAGUGUGAAGAUUGUGCAACUUUGUGAUAAUCUCUCCGAUCCAAUUGCCCCAUUGUUGCCACAACUCUCCGCCGUGAAUUCGAUCAAGAAUGCUUUAUUGAGGAGAAUGAAAAGUUUACCUAGCUCAAUUCUACUUGGUGACAUUUCUCCGUGGUUGGCCGAUUUCUCAUCGAGAACCGCCGACGUGGAGACGUUCCCAGAUCUCUUUACAACACGACAAGUGCAAUAUCAAUCAAUGAUCGCACGAUUUGGUGCUCGAAUUUACGUGGAAAUGAGAGGAUCGAGACCGAUUCGACGAGUGGAAGUGAGAGCGCAUACAGGGAAAAAAAGUGUAUGGUUGCACAAGAGAGAGGGAAUCAAUCGAUGUCUUGAUCCGGAUGAGAAUCAACGAUCAUUCAUUCAACCACAAAUCGACACCUCAAUCCCGAGACUCUCCCUUUUCUACUCUCACUUCUAUCAAAUUCUGCAGAAAGAACCGGAAGCUUGCAAGCGAUUUUUGCGUCUUUUCUUACCGAUUCGAGUCGAGGUUUCGUCGGGAUGUUCAAUGGUUGAGGUGCCGAAUGCUUUCUCCACUCUCGUUCAUCCAAUUGAUGUGAUGGCCGAAAAGAUACGUGAAGUAUUCAUGGAACCCGACGAGAUGGUCGAUUUCUUCUACAGCGGUGUGCGCAAUUCAGUGGAGAGUGUUGAACCGAGUCAACUCGAGGAUGGGCAUCAAGCUGAGCGGACACACACCGCCAUGUUGCAACAAUUUUUAGAACAAUGUAGUAGCAUGGUCCGUGAGGAUUUCCUCUAUCAACACAUUGCUCUUCGUGUGCCUGAUCCAACUCAUUUCUACACUUUGCGAAAACAACUCUCUCAACAACUUGGAGUGAUCUCGGUGCUGGAGGCGACACUGGGAGUGGGACCGUUCUGGCUUGAAGAUAUGUUUAUGUGCAUUUCCUCUUGUCAACUAUGGCAUUCAUCAGCUCGUCUCGAGCUCCGCGAACCCACGGCGAUUCCGACCGCGCCGGCACUCCGCUUCACACCAAAUCUUCAGAAAUUUGUCGGCUUUGGACGUGAUGGUCACAUGCGAUGGGCGAUGGAGGCAGCGAUGAAAUGUCUUCUUCACGACAGCGCUCAACCAUUCAUGAGAAUCAUGUUCUUUGAUGAAGUGGCUUCACAAAAUCAAGGAGCCGACCUACAGCAAGCAGCCGCCAUCUUGCAAAGGGUUACAAAAAAUAUUCAAAAGCUGAGCUCGAGUGAGUCUGCGCAAACUCGAGAGGAUAUGCAUUCGUGUCUUUUGACCGCCGCACACCCAAACACAUUAAGCCGAGCUGACCCUGCUUGGCAUCCCUGGUUC